AUGCUUAUGAAAAUCAAAAAUGUAUUUCAAUCAGUGACUUUUUUUUCAUUCAUGUCAUUUCAUAAAAUUAUUAUCAUUUUUGUAACCAAUUUACAUGUUUAUAUAGUGGAAGAACAUCAUGAAGUCAUUCCUUAUUGGUUUGAUGCUGCCAAAUCAUUUAAUAAUAAGAAAGCUGUUUUGCUUCAUAUUGAUGCCCAUAGUGAUAUGGAUUAUCCAGAAUUAGUAGAUGAGUUUCCAAUUGGUCAUUUUCCUCAUUCAAAUAAUGAAAUGAAAACAUUAAUGCAAGCCAAUGAUGAAUUUAUUCAGAGUGCAAUUAUUACAAAUCUUAUUCAAACUGUUUAUAUUAUAUAUCCAUAUUGGACAUUUAAUACAAGUUAUGCAUAUACAUCUAGUUUAGGUAUAACAACAAUUAAUAAUACAAAACAAAUUUGUAUGUGUCUUAAUAUUAAUACUACUGAUAAUAAUACUGAUAAUGAUGUUGAUAAUAUUGAUGAUGAAGAAGAAGAUCAUUGUAAAACUCGUAACCAAGAUAAUCCUUUAAAUGAUUUUAUAUUAUCAUCAAAUCAAUGUCCUAAAACAUGGUUAUAUCAUUAUAUUGAAUUAAAUUCAUUAACAGCAUCAAAUAUUUUACGUUAUUCAAAUUAUUGGUCAUUAAAUAAAUUAUUAAAUUUAAAUUUAAUAAAUCAUUCUAAACCAAUGACAUUGGAUCACCAAGGAAAUCAACCAAAUCCUCCUCCUCCUCCUCCUCCUGAUCAUCAUCAUCGUGAUGAUUAUUUACCAUUAAUACUUGAUAUUGAUGAAGAUUUUUUUGGUGUACAUCUAGUUACACAUAAUUUAUUAAAAUCUGGUUUAAAUAUAAAUUUUAUUCAUACAAUGAAUUCAAUUAUUUCAUUAAUAUUUUGUCCAAUUCAUUAUAUUAAUGAAAUACAUAUUGAUCAAAUUUAUCAAAUACAUUUAUGUUUAGGGCAUAAUUUACCUAAUCAAUCAUUAGUAGAUGAAUUUUUACCAAUAUCAAAUGAUUUAUUAAAAUUAGCCAUACAUUUUACACAAAUUUUAUUAACAAUCCCAUAUCAACCAAAUAUAGUUACUAUAGCUCGGUCAUCACGUGAUGGUUAUACACCUAGAUGGUUACAAUAUGAUAUUGAAUUGAUGAUAUUAAAUAUAUUAAAAAAAGUAUUUCAUUUAACUGAAAAGAAUAUAAUUUAUACAAAUCAUUUAGCUGGUGAUAAAUAUUAUGGUUGGUAUCAUCGAUUUACAUAGAAAAAUGAAAAUCAAUAAAAUACAUAUGCCAAUAACAAACUGAUCAAUUUCAGUCUUAAACUUCAAUAGGAAGAUACAAGCCAAACAAUACCAAGUGAAUACAUAUGUAAUUUUUAAGAAAAAAUGUAACAAUAGACGAUUUAUAAACAUGUAAAUACAUCGUAAUUGAAUAAUGCUUUCGUCAGAAAUUUUCAAUGGUUGAGAAAUCUUUUAAAAAAUAGUAUUAGAUGGUUUUGUGGAGAUUUUAGUAAU